AUGGACGAAAGCAGAAGAACCACCUACAAAACAAAGAAAGUGAGCUGCGAUGUUGAGUAUUCCUUGGCAUUCGCUCGAAAUGAUGGCACUUCCAACGAGAAGUUUGAUGGGAGCCAAAUUUUAGAAUGCCCACAACUGAUACCAUAUACAACGAUCACGAUUUUUAUUGCACCGGAGCACGAGGACUGUUUGACUAUCUCAAGUUCCUCGCUACUGGAGGAUCAUCAGGAGGAUUCAGGCAUCGAAAAUAACUACCGGUGCGGCUCUAUUGACGGUCAUUCUCCGGCUACUUCGCUCGACUUCUUCCCACCAGUUCAACUAAAUCAGCAGGACCCGACGAAUCCUUCGCCACCACCACUGUUGCAUUCAUCCCGGAUUCCCCAUAGUCAUCAUCAUCACCAUCAUCAGCGAAAUCAUCAGUCUGCCUUACAUUCGACACCUCCUUUCUUUUCAAAAAGCUUCACGAAUUCAACAAGCUUUUCUGAUGACAAGGGCGAAAAUGACCGUGAAACAGCUUCCAGGAUCAGCUCAUUCCCUAUCGACGCAAUCACAAAAACUGUCCUGCAAAACAAUCCUGAACAGAGCUAUUCACGUAGUGUAACACCGCAAGCAGACUGCUACCAGCAGUAUCUGAGUGAAAGUUCCGACUCGGAUAACGAUUUCCCGCCACCACCCGACAGUCUACUUCGCGCUGAACCAGCAGCUCAGUUUCAUCCAACAACAAUAAUGAGCAGCAAUGUGAAGAGCAAUUAUUCAUCAAACGGUGCCCCGCCAACAUUGAAACGCGAAUCGCUGUCGCCACUGGCACGGAAUCGCACCGCAGACAAUCCGGAUGAUGCAGCAUCACUGGGCAUUGAACUGUGCCGCGAGCAGUCAGCCAACAUAACAGCAGUGAAAUUUCCAGUGAAGCGACAGGUCAGUGCGGCAUGUCACAGCUGCAAAGCGGCCACAGGCGACGCCAAUGGCAUCCCCCCGAAUGAGGUCGAUCCCAUUAGCAAACUACCAAAACAGGUUCCUUCCGUCUAA